UUGGAAAGAUUUAUACGGGCUAGCAUCCAAACACCCAUCAACCAAAUCCGUCUCGCGGCAGGCGCCCCGUCUGUGCGGCCAUGACGAGUGCCUCCGAGCUCUUCACCGUGCGCCGCGCCGGCCGCGGGCCCCGCCUCUCGGACCCCGAUCCCGACCCGGAUCCACACGCCGACGCGCUCCGGGACACGCACGGCCUCGGCGGCCGGCGCCGCCGCCGCGGGUGCCGCCCGCGCCGCCAGCUCGACGCCGCGGGGGACGUGCGGCAGCACCUGCACACCGGGGCCCCGCCCCCGCGCCGCCGCGGGUCGUACACCGAUCAGAUCUUAUCGUACAUAGACAAUAACAACGUUGGGGAUUCUGCAGCUCGGAGGAACAGACUUGACAGGUUGAUGUUCAGGAAAAAUGAGCGGCUUCCGGGUGCUGUACUGCAAGCACAAGCACGUGUCCUUGAGAGACUUGGAGGCAUUUCUCUUGGCUCAUCAGUCUCCAGGCCAUCCAUCUUAUUAGAUGAAUUUUCUGCCAGCGAUGUGUUCAGAAUCAUUGACUUCAGAAACAGGGAAACCCCGCAUGAGGCAAAUGGGCCCAGCUCAUUAUCGUUCCACCUGAGCAGUGAAUCAGAUGAAGAAAUCCCAACCAUCAGUUUGACUAACUUCCACAGGUCACGUGGACUGAGCAAGGCGGCUUUCUUUCGGCUACAGAUUGAGAUUUUUGAGGCUAGCAAAGAUGACAACAGGGAGGCAUCUCCGGAAUGCUCCAUCUGCCUUGAUGGAUUUUACGAUGGAGAUGAGCUGAUAAGGCUGCGCUGUGGGCACAGGUUCCACUCGACAUGCUUGGAGCCAUGGGUGCGGAAAUGUGCAGACUGCCCCUAUUGUCGAACAAAUAUCUGAUCAUGGUCCUGAUGAAAAGAUCUUGGUUCUGAAUUGGAUUAUACCAGCACGAAGAUGCAUCGUUGUAAAUCACUGUUAAUCCGGUGCUCCUAUGACAUAACUCUAUUAAGUUUCGUUUCUAG